AUGUCGAUGAUGGAAUAUCCCGAUUUGAUGGAUCAUAUUGAGAUCCCCAUCAUCGAGACAGAAGAGUCACUUUUUGAAGUCAUUCCAAAGUUAUCCAGCUUCAUUUCCAUGGCCGUCGGAGAUAUGGAAUAUUCCUUCGAGCAGAUGAGAUUUGGUGCCCGAGGUCAUCGCCUGAGGCAGUUAAUUCAUGCCCUCGCCCAAGAUAGCCACAACCCAUUUAUCAUAGUCGCUUUGAUGAUUUUGAAAUGGAACUUCAGUAACGCUACCGAUGAUGACUGGGGUCUAAAUGAAAGUCGAGGAUCAGCUUUCGAACGUGGAACUUCGGGAUUCGUCCCAGCGAGUGAUCUGGAGACGACACCACUACUCUCGGACCUCUCAACACCUGUCAAACGCACUACACCUGGGAAGCGGCCCCGAGAACGCGAUGAGAAUGGAGAACCAUACGCAGGCCCACAGGCCACCGAACCAGGGCGCAUUGAUAUUUCACCAUACUCGCAAUUCUUUGGUUUGAAUGCAUUGGAGAUUGCCGCAAUUGCUCAAGCAAAGAGAUUCCUUAGCCAGCGGGUGGUUCAGCGUGUUGUAAAUGACAUCUGGAACGGCCGGAUAGUCUUUUGGGAUUCUCUCACGGUGCAUUCGAAGAAGAAGCCCCAGCUUUUUAAUAGGAAAACGGCUGAUCCGUACUCUCGUCUGAGAGUCCCUGUUUAUCGCAAGAUGUUCGAAGCUGCAUUCUUCCUCUCAUUUUUAGUUCUUUACUAUUCAGUGCUCGUGGAACGAAAUCAGACGAGCGUAGGAUUUUUUGAAGCGCUGUUGGAUGUUUGGAUUGCCGCUUUUGCUUACGAUGAACUCAGCGGGCUCGUCGAUGCAGGGGUGUUGUUCUACCAAAUGGACUUCUGGAGCCUCUGGAAUCUCGGUAUUAUCGGGGUGGGCUUUGCUUUCAUCAUAGCCAGGGCCAUCGGGCUAGUCAGAGGUGACAACUACAUUCUAAACUUCUCAUUUGACAUCCUUUCUCUCGAGGCACUUUUUCUUGUGCCAAGGAUCUGCUCGCUCGUGAGCCUGAAUUCAUACUUCGGCAGCUUAAUUCCCGUACUCAAGGAAAUGACGAAAGCAUUUUUUAGAUUUAUGCCGGUGGUGAUGGUCUUGUAUAUCGGGUUCUUGACGACAUUUACCAUGCUCGCCCGUGACCGCCUGUCACUCAAGGAAAUGUCAGAGAUGCUGGUGAAGGUUUUCUUUGGAUCGGGUUCACUUGGACUAGACAGCGCGUUUGAGAUCUCCCCGAUCUUCGGCUAUGGCUUGAUGUUGGUUUUCGUGUCGAUGACCAACAUCUUGCUUCUCUCUUCAUUGAUUAGUCUGAUGAGCAUGAGUCUUGAAGGGGUGAUGCUGCAUGCCAGAGAGGAAUACCUUUUUCAACUAUCCAUCUAUGUGUUGGAAAGCAGUAAUUCCCGGCGUUUGACAUAUUUCAUGCCGCCCCUGAAUCUUAUUCCGCUGCUCUGUAUUCGCCCCAUGCGGUUAUUUUUAUCUGCGGAGGCUGUUCGCCGGGUUCGCAUUAUUCUCCUGCGAGCAACCCAUCUGCCAUUUGUGAUGCUUAUCUGGAUGUACGAGUCAAGUCGUCGACAUCUCUUAUCGCCAUCAACCGGUCGCUUACCGCCGGCAUCGUCACAAGAACAUGGUACUUCUGCUGUCGAGCCCGGUGUGUCGAGAUGCAUGGACCCACUGCACCCUUCUGUAGUCGAAACAUAUCGCCUGGGCCUGGGAAAUGAGCAACUGCAGGUGGAUCGGCACGACGGGCAAGAACUAGACCCCGCGCGGCCCGGACAGACACAGGCACAGGCACAGGCACAGACUGCUCAGAUCACAGAGAUGAUCUCAUCCAUAGAACGGCUUCGAGUUCAAGUGGAGCGCGUCACAGCAAACCUAGAAGCGCAGCAGGGCAACAACUAA